AUGGCACGCAUACCACUCUUCAAACGUUUGGUCAUCAUGAUGAUGAACAUACUCUUCCCACCCAUCGCAGUGGCUAUGAUCACCGGUGUCGGCAUGGACACGCUGGUCAAUAGCGUGCUGUUCCUCCUCGCCGUCAUUCCGUCCCACAUUCACGGUUUCUAUAUUUCAUGGGUCUACUUCAACCGCAAACGCAAGGUUCGCAAGGGCAUCUAUCCCGGCGACAAAGCUAGCGGCAUAUCUAGCGACCGAGUCAACAACGGUGGAGCCACACGAAGGGAGAUACAAAAGUUGAAAGAGGAGCGGGAUUUUGGCAAAGUGGAAAAGAGCACGAACAGACUCUCCAGACCUGGUGUAAGUCGACAGCUCAGCAACCGAGUCGCAAAUUGGGAUGAUGGAUUUGACAAGGAGAUGUUGAGCAGAACUAGCAGCAUGAACCGACCGAGCACGCUGAGUCGGCACAAUUCUGGAAGGAGUGGACGACGGCAAGAAAACGGCACUGUUCCUCGGUCCAGGAGCGAAAGCAGGACGAGGAGCCUGACCAGGCAGUUGUCCAACCGUCUGGAGGACCAUAUGGUGAGACGAUUGACCGAUCGGGAUGACAGAAGGAGACGAAGGGACUAUGACUACGACGACACGGGGAGCUAUGGUGCGUCAAGCGAAGCAUCGCCGGCUGCCAUGGCCGAGGUUAGACGAUGGCGGUAA